AUGGGCAAACUCAUCAAGAACCACUGGGCUCGCCUGAUUGUCCUCACAGCCGCCCUCUACCAAGUCAUGGCCUCCCUGGAAGGCUUCUUUUGGCCCAAGAUCUUCUUCGACUUCCUCACCAAAAACCUCGAUGGAGCAGUGAAACCUUUUCCAGUCUUGCAGAUCAUGAACCUUGUGUUGGGGUUAACGGGUCUAGCAUGGGAGUGGCCACUUGCACCAAUUGUGAAGAUGUUACCAGGGCUGCACCGAAGUAUGGAAGCAAGAUUGGUGGUUUACCCCUUGAGUGCCUUGGCCGCGGUCCUCAUGUAUCAGUCCACCAAUGCGGCACUAUACUAUAUUGUCGGAGUGGUCGUCUAUUUCUGGGCCUACUCAGAGGGCGAGACUGUAUGUGCAGAACCUUGGACUGUACCGAAGAGGGGGGGAGCCAGACCUGGCAAAGUAUAA